UGUAACUAUAUACUAGCUUAGAUGCAAUAACAAGCUGGGUUCUAUGCUUAGCGAAUAUGAGUACGUGAGUCAGUUGCAACUCAAGUGUUCUCACAUCAAGAGCUGCCUUUCCUGCCUCCGCGAAAUUCAGGAUAUUUAAUCACGACUUUCGUUGCGUAUUGAAUAAUUAACUUGCCAUUAAAAAUGCCGACUUACAAGCUUUGGUAUUUUAAUAUUACCGGUUUGGGUGAACCUAUUCGCUAUAUGCUGAGUUACAACAACGUUCCGUUUGAAGACAAACGUCUGAGUUUUGAGGAAUGGCCUAAAUAUAAAGAGCAAAUGCCUCAAGGCCAAAUGCCGGUUCUUGAGAUCGAUGGGAAAAUGUACAAUCAAUCUAAAGCAAUAAUGCGAUUCCUGGCUAAAAAAUUCGGUCUUUAUGGGUCGGAUGAUCAUGAAGCUUGGGAAAUUGAUGCUACUGCUGAUGCUAUUGACGAUUUGAGAGUUCCUCUAUCGACUUACCACUGGGAAAAAAACGAAGAAUUCAAGGCAACACUUAAGAAACCUGCAUUCGAAAAAAAGGAUAUGCUGCUCGCUAAAUUUGAAAAUCAAGUAAAAAAGAAUGGAGGAUUUUUCGUCAAUAAUAAGAUGUCUUGGGCGGAUUUACUUUAUGCAGGCUAUACUGAGUACUUGUCUAAUGUACUUGGUCACGAUUUAAACAAGGAUCAUCCAGAACUUAAGAAACUUGUGGACAAAAUUCGUGCUCAUCCUAACGUCAAGGCUUACUUGGAUAAACGUCCGAAAGUUCAGCUAUAAAAUACUAAAUCGUGCCAAGCGGUGUUCAGAUAUUUUGCACAUUAAACUUUUUUAUAUGCACUAUAUAAUCAAUAUGUCUUUGAAAUAAUAAUUACUAAUUUGCAUACGA